AUGUCGCACAAUGCCUCGUGUAAGGCACACCAGGUGCUAUCAUUCACCAAAGUGCCUCAACCACCUUCACCCUCAACGACUGCCCAGAGAUUCACAGCACUGAGAGUUCCUGUUUUACCGCUUCCCGUCCGUAAUAGUCCUCACUGUUCCGUGGUCAAAUAUUCCAUGACAUUCGUCAUCAUUGUUAUUUUACCGUUCGGCUUCUGGACUGUUUUUCGUGCAUGGGCGCAGAACAUUGCCGCAGGCGUCUACGCUGCCGCAUCUUCUAUCGGCUCCUUGUUCUCUGCCCUUGACUUUGUUGACCAAGGCGCUGUCCCCGCGAAGGAUUAG